UGGCAACGUUGUCUCACACCACCCCAGCCCCGCGCCACUGCACAAACCCACAUCCAUGCCGACUCUCUCACUCACUCAAAUCCACUCAUCCGACACACUUCUCAUAAAAUCUCCUUGGAAACUAUUAAAUAAAUUCAAAAUGUCGGAAGGGACGGCCACCAUCCGCACCCGUAAAUUCAUGACGAACCGAUUGUUGUCAAGGCGACAAAUGAUCGUGGACGUCCUCCACCCCGGUCGCGCUUCCUUACCCAAAACGGAAAUCCGCGAAAAACUAGCGAAAUUGUACAAGACGACGAACGACGUGGUUUUCUGCUUUGGAUUUAAGACGGCUUUUGGAGGGGGGAGGAGUUCCGGGUUUGCGCUGAUUUAUGAUUCGCUGGAUUUGGCGAAAAAAUUUGAGCCGAAAUAUCGACUGCAGAGGCACGGCCUUUACGAGCGCGGAAAGACGACCCGAAAGCAGCGCAAGGAGAAGAAAAACAGGAUGAAGAAGGUCCGCGGCACGAAAAAGACCAAAGUGGGCGCGGCGGCCGCGAAGAAGCCGAGAAAGUGAAGGGUUAUAUAUUGGAGUAACCGAGAUGACCAUCAGAAGACCGCGCCGGCUGUUUAUAUAAUAAAAAUUUCUUUUUUGUUAUUUAAAGGAAAUAAAAAAAAAUCUCUAAAAAAA